AUGUCCACCAUCAUUCCACACUACUCCAGAUUUCUACGCAUUUUCUCUGCUCGGAAUUCCCCCAACAGUCUCCUUAAUUUACGCACCCAAUUUCGUUGUACCAGCAACUGCUAUCGCACUGCCACCGUUCGAGCGCUACUGAGGCCAUUUUUCUUCACGGGGCAGUGCUUAGCUAACGGCAGAGGGAGAUUUUCUGCUAGGUUUUCAGGCAUGUCGAACGCCGGUGGUGAUGGCCGUCAACUACUCCAGUUCCAGCUGUCUCCGUCGAACCUGCUCAAGAUUCAGAAAGGCGACAUCACUCUGUGGUCUGUCGACGGUUCCUCCGAUGCCAUAGUCAAUCCAGCCAAUGAACGAAUGCUUGGAGGUGGUGGUGCUGAUGGAGCCAUACAUCGAGCUGCUGGUCCAGAAUUACGGGCAGCGUGCUAUGAAGUCCCAGAAGUACGACCUGGAGUUCGCUGCCCCACAGGAGAAGCAAGGAUUACCCCAGGCUUUCGGUUACCAGCCUCUCAUGUUAUUCACACAGUUGGACCCAUUUACGAUGAAGAUGAAAACCCCAAAGCUUCUCUAACAAAUGCGUAUAGGAACAGUUUAGUUGUAGCCAAAGAGAGCAACAUUCAAUAUGUUGCAUUUCCUGCCAUAUCAUGUGGAGUCUAUGGAUAUCCUUAUGAUGAAGCUGCCUCUGUGGCCAUAUCUGCGGUCAAGGAAUUUGCAAACGACUUGAAGGAGGUGCACUUUGUUCUGUUCUCAGAUGAGAUUUAUGAUGCUUGGUCGAGGAAGGCUAACGAAUUGCUCCAAAAUUCAUAA